AUGGCGGGCGGCGGCGUCGCGGUGACGCUCACGGAGUACGCGCGCAAGGUUCUCGACGCGGCGGCCUCGGACGAGGGCGUUCCGGAGGAACUGAGAGCGCGGGCCAGAGCGGCUUUGGGGGCGCCCGCCGCUCCAUGGACGGUGCUCCGCGACAGCGUGCUGGCGCUCAACGCCUCCUGCACGGAAGACGCCCCCGCGCGGUACAGCCUAGCCGACGCGCUCGCCGGGUCUGCACUCGCCCUCCCGUCCCCUCCCGCGCCGACGCGCUCCGCUGCGGCCGAGGCUCGGAUCCGCGCCCUCAAGCGCGCCCAGGAGGACAGGGAGUACGCCGCGAUGGUCGCCGACGUCACCGCGGCCGAGCGCCGCGCCAAGGAGAAGUUCGAGGACCCGCUGUCGAGCUUCCAGAACCAGCUGUCGUUCGGCGUCAACCUCAUGGUGUCGGUGGGGUGUUUUGCGGGGCUGGGGUACUAUGCCGCGCGCCACGUCAGCCCGGACAACCCGGGGCACCACGCGCUCGCCGCGGUCGGCGGCAUCGUCCUCGCGCUGCUCGUCGACGUCACGGCGCUGAUACUGCGGCAGGUGUAUCCCAGCGAGGCACGGGAGGCCUUUCGACGCAAGUACGAGACACCCCCCCCUAGGAGGGGGGAGUCGGUCGCCGCGGGAGGCACGGCGGAGGAGAGCGCUGUAGGCCCGGGGGGGAAGCAGAAGGAGGAGUGA